CCCGGGCUGAGGAGGGGGCGGCGGCCGCGGGCGGGUAGCCUUCGACUGGGCGUUGCCGCUGUUCCCUACGCGGCAUGGAGGGGACGGCCGUGGCCGUGUUCGAGGUGAUGCUGUGAAGGGAGAGAAAGCGGAGGACACUUUCUGAGGAGACGGGCUUUGUGAGGAGACCGCGAAGUUUGGGCAGAGGGGUCGGGCGUCGCCUAAGGUGAAGGAGGAAGAUUUUGAGAUUUUUAAUAAUUCACUGGAAGUGUGACAUAGAUGUAUCAAAGGGAGCAUUGCUAGAAGGGCAGCUAGUGAUUUCCAUAGAAGGAUUAAAUUCUAAGCACCAGGCAAAUGCUCUUCAUUGUGUAACAACUAUUGCUUCUGCAGGAAGCCUUUUUGGUGGCAUGGUCCUCAAGAAGUUCCUAAAAGGAGGAGGAAGAAGAACACCUUUCCAUUUCUGGUCUACAAAGAUUUCUGUCUUCUGGCCAGAAAUACAGUCCAUACUGCCCGGAAUCUCUGCAAAGCUGACUUGGACUUCAGAGGAAGGCAGCUAUUCUCAGGACAUGACAGGGGUAACACCCUUCCAGAUGAUUUUUGAGGUUGAUGAAAAGCCCAGAACCUUGAUGACAGAUUGUCUGGUUAUAAAGCAUUUUUUACGUAAAAUCAUCAUGGUGCACCCUAAGGUUAGAUUUCAUUUCAGUGUAAAGGUAAAUGGAAUCCUCUCCACAGAGAUCUUUGGGGUAGAGAAUGAACCCACUUUGAACCUUGGGAAUGGAAUUGCUCUUGUGGUCGACUCUCAGCAUUAUGUGAGUAGACCAAAUUUUGGUACAAUUGAAUCACACUGCAGCAGAAUUCACCCUGUGCUAGGACAUCCAGUAAUGCUUUUCAUCCCUGAAGACGUGGCUGGCAUGGACUUGUUGGGAGAACUGAUACUGACUCCAGCAGCUGCACUGUGCCCCAGCCCAAAGGUUUCUUCCAACCAGCUUAACAGGAUUUCUUCAGUUUCCAUAUUUCUAUAUGGACCUUUGGGUCUGCCUCUGAUAUUGUCAACUUGGGAGCAGCCAAUGACUACUUUCUUCAAAGAUACCUCUUCUUUAAUUGACUGGAAAAAAUACCAUUUGUGUAUGAUACCCAAUUUGGAUCUCAGUUUGGAUAGAGAUUUGGUGCUUCCAGAUGUGAGUUAUCAGGUGGAAUCCAGUGAGGGGGAUCAGUCUCAGAAUAUGGACCCUCAAGGACAAACUCUGCUGCUUUUUCUCUUUGUGGAUUUCCACAGUGCAUUUCCAGUCCAGCAAAUGGAAAUCUGGGGAGUCUAUACUUUGCUCACAACUCAUCUCAAUGCCAUCCUUGUGGAGAGCCACAGUGUAGUGCAAGGUUCCAUCCAAUUCACUCUGGACAAGGUCUUGGAGCAACAUCACCAGGCUGCCAAGGCUCAGCAGAAACUACAGGCCUCACUCUCAGUGGCUGUGAACUCCAUCAUGAGUAUUCUGACUGGAAGCACUAGGAGCAGCUUCCGAAAGAUGUGUCUCCAGACCCUUCAAGCAGCUGACACACAAGAGUUUGGGACCAAACUGCACAAAGUAUUUCGUGAGAUCACUCAGCACCAAUUUCUUCACCACUGCUCAUGUGAGGUGAAGCAGCAGCUAACCCUAGAGAAAAAGGACUCAACCCAGGGCACUGAGGAUGCACCUGAUAACAGCAGCCUGGAGCUCCUAGCAGAUACCAGCGGGCAAGCAGAAAACAAGAGGCUCAAGAGGGGCAGCUCCCGCAUGGAGGAGAUGCGAGCUCUGCGCUCCGCCAGGGCCCCGAGCCCGUCAGAGGCCGCCCCGCGCCGCCCGGAGGCCACCGCGGCCGCCCUCACUCCUAGCGGAAGGGAGGCCCGCGAGGCUCACGGCAGGGCCCUGGCGCCGGGCAGGGCGAGCCUCGGGAGCCGCCUAGAGGACGUGCUGUGGCUACAGGAGGUCUCCAACCUGUCAGAGUGGCUGAGUCCCAGCCCUGGGCCCUGAGCCGGGUCCCCUUCCGCAAGUGCCCACCGAUCCGGAGGCUGCGGGCCGCCGCUGUCCCGUGGUUUAAUAAAGCUGCCCCCGCGCUCACC